AUGUCUAUCCCACACAACGCUCUUCCCGCCGCUGUCAAGCUUCGCGAGUCCGCUCUCACUGCCUUCAAAACUUAUCAGGACAUGAAAGAGGGACUGAACAGCGCUGCCGCUCCCACCAUUCUUGGCGUAGCCGCUAAUUACUGUGUUCAGCUUAUCGACACCAAGGAUCCGUGUCUGCUUAUGCACCAGCCAAUGCACAACGUGCUUUUCCUUGUUAGAGGCGAGUACAAUACCCGCAGCACUGGAGUUCACGCCAUCGCGCCCCCAGCCAACCUCGACACUAUCAAAGAAUAUUGUCGCGCCGUUCUCGCCGCACGCGCCGCUGCGCAGGUCGUUCCACCACCUGUUACUGCUCAAGCUCAGGCUCAGGCUGAGAUUGCAGAGGUAAUGGCCGCCGCUAAAGCCAAGCGCGGAUACAUUUUGAAACAGCGUCCCCGCAAGCUUGUCAAGUCCAGGGCUGUCGUUGAGGACAAGGAUGACGAGGUCGAGAUUGUCCCCGGCCCCUCGGAUACCGACGUUAUGAUGGGUGGGUGUGAUGGCCCCAACGCUAUCACUGCAGCUGACACCAUGGCAGUGGACAACCUCUUUGGUGACGAAGAAGUCAAGGACGCCGCUUCCUCUCCCAAAGAGAAAGGCAAGAAGCGCGCUGCCUCUGGUCCCAAGACCCCAGCCAAAUCCAAGCGUGCCGAAACGGUCAGCAUUCCCUACGACGCUGUUCCAGGCAUGGACACUAACAGUCGCGAAUUUCACAAGGCCCUCGUCGUCGAGCAUGCCAAAGGCAGUUGCGCUGGCGACAAACGCCCUCGUACUGAACCGCCCUUUAUUAGUGGUUUAGCAGAUCUUCAGUCUCGUCAAAACAAGUCUGCCAACUCCUUGCUCAUCGACAACCCUCUGUACAGGGAGAUCUUAGCGCGCGCACAUGCUGCUGUUACCAACCGCAUGCCGGCUUAUCCCACCCUUGCUUAUUUCAAGCAGCAAGAGGUCGAUCUUCGUGAACGCGUUCUUCUUAGCAUGCAGCGCCUCGACUUGGAGCUUCGUCUUCGCGAUGUACUUGUCGCUGAUUACGAAAUUGCCCUUGCCCAGAUUGCUGAGCGUGAAGUAACUAAGGAGUAG